AUGCAGAAUUUUCACGGUGGUGAUUUCAAUAACGUUGCAGAAAACAAGAUCAAGAUGGUCCAAGAUAAGUCUAAUCUUCAUACUCAUAUGAAAAACCUUGAUGACUCCUUCGAUGAUGAAGCCUACACAGGGAAGGCUCAAGCUCAAGCCGAUAAAGAUGUUAAAUAUCGUCAUGAUCUAAAAGAGCAGUGUGAGGACAACUAUAAGAGGGGGCAGUUCGAUUGCGCUGAAGCACAUGCUGAGACAUCGAGAAUCCAACAGGCUGGGAACUAUAUGAUGACACAGCAUCACAAAGAUCUUCAACAAAAACAUGAUGAUUCAGUAAAACUUCACGACGAUAUAGAGAGUUUUAAGAAAGACUGUGUCGAUUUUAGGGAAUUGCAAAAGGCAUUGAUUAAUGUAGAGGAAGACAGAAUUGACAAACAGGAUCACGAGAUCUCUGACAGGAGUCUAGUGGUAGAGUUUGAGAGGGAAAGAAAACUUAAAGACAAGGACGAAUUGAACACCAGAAUGUGUACUCGUAUGGUGGCUCACGAGGUGGAACGCCAAGAUCGCGAAGAUCUCAUAACCGUCAGGCACGAGGAUGAAGAUCGUGAGAAGUUACGCCGAGAGGACGUGAUGGUGUACGAGAAGAAACAAGACGAUAAAAAAGAACUGAGUGACGGCCUUCGUACGCAAAUAGAGGAGAACAAACAGUCCGUGCGGGAUGAGAAGCAGAGGGAUCUCAAUUUUUAUGAUCGGGCCACCGCUCUGAUGGAACUGGAAGACGAGAGGGAGGAAGAGAGAGCUCGCAGGAAGAAAGAGAGGGACGACCAGCACUUCGCAGACUUGAGACAGCAGAUCGCGGACAACGCGGUCCGCAGGCAGAGGCAGAAGGAAGAAGACGCUUCGUAG